AUGGGUCGAAGAAAGAUCGAGAUCAAGGCCAUCAAGGAUGACCGCAACCGUUCGGUGACCUUUCUCAAGCGAAAGGGCGGUUUAUUCAAAAAGGCACACGAGCUCUCCGUCUUGUGCUCCGUCGAUGUUGCCGUCUUCAUCUUCGGCAACAACAAGAAGCUGUACGAAUACUCUUCAGCCGAUAUGCAGCAUCUCAUCACCAGAUACCAAUAUCACGGUGGCCCCAACGAACACAAGGGGCCCUCCGACUUCAAUGGUGGUCAGAACGACGAUGAUGACGAUGAGGAUGGAGAUGGGACGCCUCCUCGAGGCUCCGACGGCAUGGACAGCUCGCACAUGAUGCCGCCUCAUUUCCAGGGCCAGGCCCCUCCGCCUUUCCCCCAUAUUCGCCAUCAGACAGCGUCGGUGUCGCCUCCCAUUCCCAACGGUGUGCCUUUCCAAGGUCACCCUGCUCAUCUUCAGCGAAGCCAUACGCCGCAACCCGCCGUGCCGUCACGGCCUGGUUCGAGAGGAGACGUGCGCCGCAUGGGCCCUGGCAUGAUGUCUCAACCCGUUGGACCUCACGGACCUCAUCCGGGCAUCACUUAUAUGCCCACGCCACCCAUCUACAAUCCCUCUGCUGGCAACCAGUCCAGCCUCAUGCCGCCUCAACCUGGCCCCUAUCCAUUCCAACCUCCGCAGCAGCAGCCGCCGUAUAUGGAAGAACGAAGGCCAUCUGCACCCCCUACCUUUAGUGCUCAUCCGCCGCCCCAGCCGAUGGCAGUAGGUCCACGCACAGAGCAACCGUCUCCUCAACCGCCUCACCAACUGCUACCUCCGCACUCCAUGCCUCAUACUACCUCACCCCAGCCGGCACGUCGUCACCUGGACCCGCAGCCUCCUCCACCAGUCGAGCCAAGGACAGAGUCCGCGGAGAGGCCCAAGGCGCCACUCAUUAACACAGAUACGGCUAUCAAGAAGAUGUCCCAGCGCAAGUCCCACAGCAUCUUUACACCAAUCGAGGAAAACAGAUCCAUCUUAUCCCAACAUUUGGCAUCCUUUGCCUCUGAGCCUCAGCCUAUAAAAAACGAUGGAAUCUCGGCUCCAGCGAACCCAAACCGUUCCCAGUCGGCAGAUACCGGGGCUACAGCUCGAAAUGGAGAAACGGCUUCGCCACAUCUGCAACAACGAUCCAGCUUGCGUAAUACGUCGGUGUCCUCCCUUCCCGAUACACCAACGCAGACCAGUCUGAAGAUCAACACGGCUAUAGGAGGCACAAGGCCAAAGCCGCCUCGCCUGACGGUGCAAAUCCCUGAUGGCGGAUCGGAAGCUGGCAGUGCAACGGGAGACUCAAACUCGCCUCGAAACGCGACGGAGGCUGGAUCCCACGCGCCGCAUCGCAGUGGCGUGGUCCUCCCUCCCCCUUCUCCGUCUGCUACGACACUCUUGUCCGCAGGGGCCACAGGGCCUCCCAAUCCUUUCGCUCGGCCGGUACCCCAGCAGAACGUCAAUGGCGACACGCCCGUUUCGGCCCUUCCCUCUCGGUUCCUGAACAAUGAGCUACUACCAAGCCCCAGCAGUUUCUAUCCAGAGUGGAAUUUCAGAGGCAGUGAUAACAAUACGCUGCCCAGCCCUCUCAACUUUGCCACACCCUUGGUGGGCACCGGGCCCAGCUUCCUCCGAGACGAUAAUCAUUUGCUGAGCACCAGCAGUGGGAACGCUAGCACCGGUACAGGAGGCGGAUCAGGCCUGGCAAAGCGAAAGAGUCCAGAUCUUGACGCGGCCGGGCACGACGAGAACCACGAAACGGCUAGUGACCCUAAGCGCCUCAAGGUGGAACGAUAG